AUGGGCAUCGGUAACUACUUCAAGGCUGAAAAGCCUGAGCAAAAGGCACAAACAACACCCGCAUCACCACCAAAGAAAAGUACCGCACACCAGCAACGGCCAUCCGUCACAGGAAACCCCCCACCAUCGCUUAGAACAGAUACAGAGCUGCAACCCCCAACACCCAGUUAUGGCUCACGACCGCAGUCCAUCUCGGGCCGCUCCGUGAGGUCGGCAGGGAGCUCCCUCUUCCUCGAUGACAUCAAGCACGAGGUCAUGGUCAACUACCUGUACCAGCAACAAUGCUCGCACUUGUGGGUGUCGGAUGGCAGCGGCGAGAUCGAGGGUGUCCUUUUGCGGAAAACGAGGGGCCAGUACAUGGCCUGCCCGCCCCAGCUGGGCAACUCGCCAUUUGCGCUGGCCUGCGCCGCGCUUAAUGUUCAGUGUGCCAUGACGGUCAACUCUAGAGUUAUCAAGACCUUCUUGCAGUGGUCACCAGAUGCCGUCGACGUGCCCCUGAUGAACGGCCUGCGCGUCCAGAUUCUCCCCACCAUCGACGACCUUCCCCGCGCGCGGAAGCACCAGUUUGCCGCCUUUGUCGCGUCCGAGGGUCUGCUAGUGGUCUGGGACGACGACGCUCUGCACCUCGUCCAGCGCGCCAAGGCGAUUGAGUCGGAGCUGAUGGAGCUGGUGUGGAAGGCCGGUGGGGAGAAUGAGGACGACGAGAAGGGAGGCCCCAUCGUGGAGGAGCCCGAAGUGGAUGAGGAGAGCGGCGAGCUCAAGCCGGAAAAGCGGCCGGUUCACCUGCUUAACACGUACCUGGUCAGCAUGACGCUCGUCCUGGUCACCGUCUCGCUGGGUGCGGCCUUCCGCCAGCUCGCCAUCGAGGUCUCGGUCGACGGCAACUACAUGCGCCUCGCGCUCGUCGCCCUGUUCCCCGUCCAGAUCUUCUUCACGCUCUUUUUCGCCCAGGUCAUCGUCGGUUGCCUGGCUCAGAUCUUUGGCCCGAUCCGCCAACUGACCAUCAACUCCAAGUUCUAUUCUGCCCGGCCACCGCCGAGACUGCGGUCCAGCGUGCUGCCUCACGUCACGGUUCAGUGCCCGGUCUACAAGGAGGGCCUGCAAGCCGUUAUUGCCCCGACCGUCAAGUCCAUCAAGCAGGCUAUGUCGACCUACGAACUGCAGGGCGGGUCGGCCAACAUGUUCAUCAACGACGACGGCCUGCAGCUGAUCUCCGAGGAAGACCGCCGCGCGCGUAUCGAGUUCUACGCGGACCACAGCAUUGGCUGGGUUGCCCGCCCCAAGCAUGGCGAGAACGGCUUCAAGCGCCGCGGCAAGUUCAAGAAGGCCUCCAACAUGAACUUUGCCCUCAUGAUCUCGUGCAAGGUGGAAGAAAAGCUGGCGGCCGUCCAGCGCACGCCCGACUGGUCGCAGCACGACGAGGCGCAGGCCUACGAGCGCGCCCUGAAGGAGGUGCUCGAGGAGGAUGGCCGUGCCUGGGCCGACGGCAACAUCCGUGUGGGCGACUACAUCCUGCUGAUCGACUCGGACACGCGCGUGCCCGCCGACUGUCUGCUGGAUGCCGUGUCGGAGAUGGAGCUCUCGCCCGACGUCGGCAUCAUGCAGUUCUCGUCGGGCGUCAUGCAGGUCGUCCACACCUACUUUGAGAACGGCAUCACCUUUUUCACGAACCUCAUCUACAGCGCCAUCCGCUACACCGUCUCCAACGGCGACGUCGCCCCUUUUGUCGGCCACAACGCCAUCCUGCGCUGGUCCGCCAUCCAGCAGGUCUCGUACGAGGACGAGGACGGCUAUGAGAAGUUCUGGUCCGAGAGCCACGUGUCCGAGGACUUUGACAUGUCGCUGCGUCUGCAGUGCAACGGCUACAUCAUCCGCCUGGCCGCCUGGGCUGGCGACGGCUUCAAGGAGGGCGUGUCGCUGACCGUGUACGACGAGCUGGCCCGCUGGGAAAAAUACGCCUACGGCUGCAACGAGCUGCUCUUCCACCCGAUCCGCAAGUGGCUCUGGAAGGGACCCUUCACCCCGCUCUUCCGCCGCUUCCUGUUCUCCAAUAUCCGCUUCACGUCCAAGAUCACCGUCAUUUCGUACAUUGGCACGUACUACGCCAUCGGCGCCGCCUGGAUCAUGACCAGCGUCAACUACUUCCUCAUGGGCUGGUUCAACGGCUAUCUCGACAAGUACUACGUCGACUCGUGGCAGGUGUGGUUCUCCAUCAUUCUCGUCUUCAACGGUCUCGGCAACAUUGCCCUGGCCGUCAUGCGGUACCGCGUCGGCGAGCGCAACAUUCUGUACGCCCUUUUCGAGAACUUUAAGUGGACCUUUUUGCUGGCCAUCUUCCUCGGCGGCCUGUCGCUGCACGUCUCGCAGGCCCUGCUGGCGCACAUGUUUGAGAUUGACAUGACGUGGGGCGCCACGUCCAAGGAGGCCGAGUUUUCGAAUUUCUUCAUCGAGGUGCCCAAGGUGUUGAAGAAGUUCAAAUUCUCGAUGCUCUUCGCCACCGUCUUCAUCGCCGGCAUGGUAAUUCUCGCCGUGGCUCCCUUCAUCCCCUACAGCUGGCACAUCACCGACUUUGUCGCCAUCCUGCCCAUGGCCACCGUCGCCGCGUCGCACCUGCUGCUGCCGCUGGCCCUCAACCCGGCCCUGAUGACCUUCUCUUGGUAG